AUGUCUCGAUCUUCGUUUCUUGAUGAAGAGUUAUUGGCCGAUGAAGAUAUUGCUGAUUUGGUAAAUUAUUACAAUCAUCAUCAUCAGCACCAACAGCCACAAGGAAAUGUAAAUUAUCUCGUUCAGCAACAACAACAACUCGCAAAUACUAUGCAGCAACAACAAGGCUCUCCAUUCUUUUCAUCAUCGUUAGUAGCAUCCUCCUCCUCUCUUCAACAAGGUCCAUCUUUGGAUAUUUCUAUUGAAACAGCCAUUGAUGAACCGUUCCGACAUCAAUGGUCUAAUUAUGAUCUCAAGAAAGAUGAUGAAAUGUAUGAGAAAUAUAAUGUUGCUUUGAAAAUUAAGAACAAUGCCAAUAGUACCAGUGCACCUUUAUUAUUGAAUUGCAGACAUGAAAUUCAUGACAAGGGAAAUAUUUGUGAGAUGAGUCACAAGAAAACCAAUGUUACUGGUUAUUAUUUGGACUUUUUGUUGUUUGAUUCUCAACCCUUCACGUUGCAACCACUCGAAGAAAAAAUUGUUCUGGUAUCAAUAUCAAGACCUUCCAGAACCAUGGUUUCUCAUGGAAAGUAUUAUAUUCAAUUCUAUGUUCUUACAGCAGGAAAUUUCCAAUUACUUUGUCACACUCAACAGGUAAAAGUAUUAACGAGCAAAAAUAAGAAUAAUAGAACAAAACGUGUUUCAUUGGAUCCGACAAAGCAAGACAUUUCUGUUAAAAAUCUAGUUCCAAAAGAGUGGCAACACAUUCAAACUUCUCACCAAGUAUUUGAAGCAUGUUUUUGGGAUGAAGUUGAUUUAACUGGUGAAAAGAAAAAGUAUACUCCACCACCUGCAUCUACCACAGCUUCAUCAUCAAGAACUAGCGCUACAUCAAGCAAUCCUUCAACAACAACUCCAAAAACAGAAAUUCAAAGCAAUGGAACGCCCCAAAGUAGUUCACCUGGCCUCAUGAAUCAACAGCAGCAACAAACAUCAACAACUAAUGGUGAAAUGUUGUUACAGCAGCAUCCACAAGGACAUUCCCAUUUCCCUGGUCUGGGAGAUGGUGGCUCUCCUCUUUUCAAAAAUCCACUAUCACCAGGUUUAAUGGCAGGAUUAGUGUCACCAAAUCAUGAUUUUUUGAGAAGUCCUUUCAGAGAUGAUCAUCAUACGCUUGACUCUGAAUUUCAUGGACAUUCCUUCUUGGAAGAACCCUCUGGACAUAUUCAAAAUUACAUUCCAAUUAGCACACAUACGUCUAUCAUUAAGAUAUUCCAAAAACAGCUUGAUUUUUACAAACAACAAAUGGAAAUUCUUUUAACGGAACUAAAACGACAUGAUAAACGAAUGGCUGAAACACUCUAUAGACAGUAUGCUUCUGUUUUACAACGAGAUUCCAUGUCAUCAAGCACUUCCUGGGAUGAUUCCAACAUUCCAUCUGAAGAGGAUUUGGAAAAUAUGUUCAACAAGAUGAAAAUUAUCAAGGAACAAGUGGAGCAGUCCAUCAACGACUCCAAAAAACCGCCAUGCUCUCCUGUGGCAUAUUCAAAUUUUUCACCACAUCAUGAUUAUGUACAAAGCCCCACCUACUCUCUUUACAACUCUAAAGAUUAUGAUUUCUCGUUUGAUGAAGAUGUGACCAUUCCCGACUAUUAUGAAGUGAAAUGUAAUUCUACCGUUCUGAAAACAUGGCAAAUUACAAAUUGUGGAAUGCCAUUUCCUCGUGGAACUAGAAUUGUGGUCAAAUCCGAUAAAGAGACGCCCUUGGAGAGCGACGAGCUGUUAUUACCUUUGAGAAAUACGAUUGAGGAUCGUGUCUUGUCAGAGAGUGAGCUGGCUGGUUUUAAUGAAACAAAGAACAUUUCUUGUUCUAUUAAGGCUCCAAAUGUGGAAGGUCUCUUUCGAAGAGAGUAUUGUUUGCAACUUCCUAAUAAUAUUGAAUUUGGAGAUUCGUUGGUUGUCAUUUUCAGAGCUGUCAAAUAA